GCUCCAAUUGGCCCCCUAGCCUGGGCACCUCCAUAUGCCAAGGGAGCGACCCAGGAAAUAGCAAAAAGACCAAAAAAAAAAAAAAAGAUUCAAAUCCAGUUGUAAAUUCCAUGAGGUGCCUUUUAUCAUUAAUUAGCCUUUAACACAGAUUAUUCCAUCCCAAACUGGAAAUUUUGUCAGAGUACAGAAAUUCAUAAAUGCAUAAUGAAUUCCUGAUUGACUUUAAUAAUAUAUUACAUAUAUCCUACACUACUAAAUAAACAACUAGCUGGGAGGACUAUGAAUAAUAGUUAAGGGCAUUAUGUUAAGGAGAAGUACCAUGCAAAUGGCCAAUCAUGAAGCACAUACAGUUUUAUUUACCACAGAGUCUCCAGUGUUCAACUGAAUGCCACAGAUUUGGUAAACAAUAAAUACCAGUUGACUGAAUGAAUGAAAUAAGAGUAUUUCCAUGUACUCGUUAAUGGCCCUAGAGACAGAUGUGCUAAUUUAGCCAUAAUUUUAAAAAAUAAGUCUGCAUAGCAAAUAUUUACCCAGUCUGGAUUGUUAAAACACUUCCAUAAUUAAAAAUUUGACUGUUACUCUUAGACCACAACUCUAAUACACCAUAAUAAAAAUAUUUUAACUCUAAAUAUCCAUCUGAGGAUUCUUCUGCACUUUAAAUUUCACAGGCUGCUUUUGUAAUGUAAGUGGUGUACCUAUCAAAACUAACCCUCUCCCAAUUAGUUAAGAUGAAAACCUCAUUUCUUUUCCCUCAGAAUUUCAUCUAAAUCAAACCACCACAUGGAGAUAAUCACUUCCAGAAAGCAAGAUUUAUACAAAGAACAAGUACUGAAAGGAAAGAAGAAUAAAGAAAAUAUCAAUUACAAGAUUUUACGCACACUUCUUGGAUGAAAUAUCGAGAUGGUAAACCUGGACGGUUUGUUUCCUAGGUUACUACCUCUCUCGAUAGCCCUGGCACUGAAAUAAUCACUGAAGGAUCUGAAAUUGUCCAGCUAAACACUGAGGAAUCAUUAAUUUGUUACUAACUCACAAAUUCCUAUAUAGAAAUUUAGCUUAAAGACAAAAAAAUAAGGCAAAAAAGGGGAGUGACAGUUGAGAAUCCAACAGCUCUAUUCAAGUUUAUGAAUGAUUUACUCCUAGGGUGGCAGGACUUAAUGCAAAUGAACAUAGAGGAAACUGUCAGCUGCAUUGUGUUCAACCAAUAGAAGCACAGCUCCAUCUUGGCUGUGCACUGGACUGCAUUACAAACAGACGAACCAUCGCUUCAACUGCAGCCUUUCAGACAAGAGGAGUUCCCGUCAUGGCACAGCAGAAACAAAUUCAACUAGGAAUCAUGAGAUUACCUGUCCUGGAAGUUUAAAGGCGUGGAAAUAGAAGACAGAAAUAUACUGAACCAAUAAGAUUCAAACAAGCAAUAUAAGAAGUGGAAUCUCUAAGAAUGGCCUCCCUGAACUCCAGCCUCUGGAAUGAAACCACUACAUCUGUUUAUCAGUACCUUGGUUUUCAAGUUCAAAAAAUCUACCCUUUUCAUGAUAACUGGAACACUGCCUGCUUUGUCAUUCUGCUGUUAUUUAUAUUUACAGUGGUAUCUUUAGUGGUGCUGGCUUUCCUUUAUGAAGUGCUUGACUGCUGCUGCUGUGUGAAAAACAAAACUGUGAAAGACUUAAAAAGUGAACCAAACCCUCUUAGAAGCAUGAUGGACAAUAUCAGAAAACGUGAAACUGAAGUCGUCUAGCACUCUACACAAGAUGAAUAAAAGCUUUGAAAACAGCAUUCAAUGACAGAAAAAAAACUUGAGGCCAAUUGUUAUUACAAAAUUGACUAUGAAUAAUUAAAAGAUUUCUACUAGAAGACAAAAA